AUGAGUGUGAAUCUUUCACAGAUGAUUGUCAUAUUCCGCCACAAGGAGGUAACUGUGUAUCCAGAUGAAUCGAAGAAGCCUCCGUUGGGUGAAGGAUUGAAUCGUCCGGCAGAAGUGACUUUGGAAAGAGUGUGGCAUAUUGAUAGGGCUACUAAAGAAGAGAUAAGAGAUCCAUUGAAACUGAUCGACCUUGGGUGGCGAGAUCGACUAGAGAAGGUGACGGCACGUAUGGGUGCUACAUUUAAAGACUAUCGGCCUUCGACCGGUAGUUGGGUUUUCCGCGUGGAGCACUUCAGCAAAUAUGGGCUGCCGGACGAUGAAGACGAUGCUGAUGUAGCAGUCGUUCCGAAGUCGCGCGGUACAUCAACUCUCUCUGGCGAUAUCUCUGCUAAUGACCUGAACACAUCCUUGGAGGAACACCAUUUACAGUCUCAUGUGCAACGUGCAAAAGUACCAAAAGUGCAACUGCAUACCGAAGGAGGUGAAGCGAUCCACGAGGUGAAAGGACUAGGAGGUCGCAUGGAUGUGGACUACGAUGAUGAGGCGAUGUACGAAGAUUAUGAAAUUGCAAACUGGAGAGAUAGCGAGGCGAGAUUCGAUGAAUUCCAGGUGCCCGAGAAAAAACCGAAAAUGGAAGAGGUUUUAGAUUACGUUUACGAGGAGAGCAAACGUCUAAUGGAACUCUCAACGUUGUCUGUACGACCUGUUCGUCGCAUAACUCUAACACGCAGUGAACCUCCAAAUGUCUUUCGAGGAGGAGUUGAGGCAUGUAAGACCGUCGGAUACAAAAAGAGUGCUAUAAUAAAUGCUGCUUGCGCCCAUGGUUCAUCCAGCCGUGUUAGUUGGAGUCAAGGCAAGUUUCUUUGUAGUAUUGAAGAGCUGCUGGUGGACAAUUCUCGUUCAGCCUACAACCGGCAUCAAAUGAAGUUCAAAUAUGUGCGCUUCAAUUUAAUAGCAAUGUACCCAAGCGCACGUGUGCGGCAUUGUGAGAUCGAGGGUCAGUCUUCCGCUCCACGCGUCAAACCAGCUGAUGACUCGGCAAUGGAGCUCUUGGACUCGUUUUUGGCAACAGCAACGCAGAGUGAAUGUGUUGUGGAGCAGAGAGUGUGGCGUUUGUGCCAAGCCCUCUUCUUGGCUGACAAGUCUGGUCAGUGGCACUGGCAACGUGCUCAUGAAGUUGGCAAAUGGCUUCGUGAUGAAGUAGCAAGUCUUCCGAAAAAGAAAGCAGCUGGAGGAACAGCAAUUGUUUCACAAAUCUGGGAUCGAAUGUGCUGUGGUGAUAUCGAAGAGGCUAUGAGGACGGCAAAUGAAGGUGGACUGACAAUGUUAUCACUGAUGAUCUCGGCAGCGCUUUCGGCAGAGGAACCUGGGCGAAGUGACUGUGCCAACAUGCUGCAAAUGUGGGAGGCAACUAAUGAGCUUGGUGUACUGGAGGACGAUCUUCUCAAAAUCUACCUCGUACUGGCUGGUAAGACUCAUGCAGAAUUCAAACAUAAAGGGAAAACGAUCAAGUUGAACUGUUUGGAGGGUCUCGAUUGGCGACAGGCAUUUGGCAUCCAUCUGUGGUGGGUCAACUGUGGAGGAUUCCUCGAAGAUGCCCUUGAUUCGUUCAGCGAAGAUGUUGCGGCUGGAAGAGCCGCCUCGCCAGAUUCCCACGUUUAUGAGCAGCUUAUACGUCUGGCAUGUUCGCCAAGCCAUCAAGUCGAAGCUGUACUCGACGCUGCGUCGAUGCUUAGUCCUAACCCAUUAGAUGCUCACCUGAGCUGGCAUAUUUGGUCAUUACUCCGGGCCCUUGGCUACAAUACAAUGUCACCGGCUGCUGAGCAGCGGCUUCAUACUUCGUACUCGUGUCUACUGACAUCUCUAGAACAGUGGCAUCUUGCAAUAUUCGUGCUCAGUCACAUUAGUCACGAUCAAUGUCGAAUAGUAGCGAUCCGGGAUGUAUUGGAUCGUAUGUCGUUGACAGCUUGUCCGCAAGACUAUGAACGAAUCUCGGCCAUAUGUGAAAUUCCAAUUGAAUGGAUUGCUGCAGCUAAGUGCGCUAAAGCAAAGGCACAAGGAAACUUCGAACUGGCUUGUUCAUACUCCCUAACCGCCUGCGACUACGCUGGUGCAUUGCGGUUAUUCACAGAAGAAGUCGCGCCGAAUGCAAUUGCCAUGGGUGACUUACAUAAACUCCGUCCAUUGGUGGAACGAAUGGAAAAAGUCGCUGAUAAAAUCACAGGUUGGGGUGCUGUCGGACAGAUCUAUGCCGAUUACUGCGAGUUGAAAACAAUGGACGAUGAUGAUGAUAGCGAAGAAGCUGUAUGUUUUAGUCUAUUUGUCAUCGGUUAG